AUGCUUUCCAGAUUAAUGAGACCGGGCGUGCCAAUCAGACUUGCACGUUCUGGGGUCAAAACAGCAGUCAUGAGCAAUUAUCGCUUUUUCAGUGCCGACAUCCGAAGAAUGAACAAAGAGCAGCCAAAGAAGGAAAUGCCAAAAGAGAAGCCACAAAAGGAGGAACCUAGUAGCAAGAAGGAGGCUGAAAUACAACCAAAGAAGCAUCAUAAGCCACUCUCAAGAAUGCCUAUUGGCACAGAAACGGAUUACAGUAAAAUGACUAUCAAGAAAAGCCCAAUCGAAUAUCUUACAUGGAAGUCAAUUGUGCUCUUUGUUGCCGUGGGUGCUGGACUUACCUGGCUUUUCAAUAAUCAAAAAGAGAAGAUCAAACUUAGAAAUGAGGCUGCAGCUAACAGAGGUGCAGGAAAACCGUUAAUUGGUGGACCGUUUGACUUAGUAGAUAUGAACGGCAAAAAGUACACGGACGAAGAUCUAAAGGGACAUUUCUCUCUUAUCUAUUUUGGAUUCACCCACUGUCCGGAUAUCUGUCCAGAUGAAUUGGAUGAUAUGGGGGAAAUCAUCGAUGGUCUCAAGGAAAAGUACAAGCUUGAGUUCCAACCUCUUUUCAUUACAUGCGACCCAGUAAGAGAUUCUCCUGAAAUGAUGAAAGAGUAUCUUGGUGACUUCCAUCCGAAGAUUCUUGGGUUGACAGGAACUUAUGAUGAUGUUAAGAAAUGUUGCAAGGCUUAUCGUGUGUACUUCUCUACACCAAGAAAUGUGAAGCCAGGACAGGAUUAUUUGGUGGACCAUUCCAUUUUUUACUACUUGAUGGAUCCGGAGGGAAAGUUUAUCGACGUUUUAGGCAGAAAUUACGACGUUAAGACUGCCAUCGAGAAAAUCAAGGAUGAUAUGAAGGCAUAUGUCCCAGAGAACGAACGGGAGAAGGCUAAAAAAGGAUUAUUUGGAUUCUUGUACAAAUGA